CAGUCUUAAUUCGUAAAAGAUGACUAAGGGUACCAGUUCUUUCGGUAAACGCCACACCAAGACUCACACCUUGUGCCGCCGUUGUGGUAACCGCUCUUUCCACAAGCAAAAGAAGGAAUGUGCUCAAUGUGGCUAUCCCGCCGCUAAGACCAGAUCUUACAACUGGUCCGAAAAGGGUAAGCGCAGAAAGACCACAGGUACUGGUCGCAUGGCUCACUUGAAGCUUGUCCAACGUCGUUUCAAGAACGGUUUCCGUGAAGGUACUCAAGCCAAGAAGGUCAAGAAGGCUGAAGCUUCCGCUUAAAUGUCAGUACAACAACAUAAUUGAAAUCAUGGAUUGUUUGUUUGUUCUUUGUCUUUUUACUUUCACGCAACAAUCUCGCUCGAUGACACUUUUAUUUUUCACAACUUUCUUUUUACACAAGAAACAGAGGGAAAAUAAAACUAGCUUUGUUAUUAUGGUGUAUA